AUGUUGGUAAUUGGACAUAUCCAUAGCAAACAUAGCUUCAUAGUUGACACUUCUAAAAGAACUUGUACCUCUAAAUUUUGGGAAUUGGUAGGCAUACCAUGUAGACAUGCAGUUGUUGCCUUAGGCUUUAGGAAUCAACACCCUGAAGACUAUGUAGAUGACUGUUAUUCUAAAGAAACAUACGUGGCAUGCUAUGAUUUCAAUGUUAGCCUAAUUAAUGGCCAAGACAUGUGGCAUGAGGUUAAUACUGAGGAAAUGUUCCCUCCAUCAUACAAAAGAGGCCCUGGUAGGCCAAAGAAAUUAAAGAGAAGGGAACCUGAUGAUGACCCUAACAAGGUAAGGACACAAAUAUCUUAUUGUUGUACCACCUGUAGUGUACAUGGCCACAAUGCAAAGAGUUGUUUAGUUCUGGUGCCUGACCGUGAAGCUCAAAAAAGAAAGAAAAAACCAAAGAAAAAUGCUACACAAACAACACAACCUGGAUCUGUAGCAGAACAAACAACACCUGCUGAAAAUGAAGCUUCUACUGAACAACAACAACCUCAACAUGAAGCUUUAAUUGAAGAACAGCCAGAAACACAAUGUGAUGUGGACCAAGAGUUUGAAAUGCUUGCAGCAGAUCUUUGUGCAGCUUUCCAAAGGACACAACCUUAA